AUGCCGCUUUUCGGAGGUGGAAGCAGCGCGGCCCCCGCGGCCAACUCGGCGCAGCUCGAGGCUGCUACUGCAGAACUCGAUAUGAUCACGGACGUGUUCAACCGUCUUGUGGAGUCGUGCCAUAAGAAGUGCAUCAGCACGCGCUACGCGGAGCCCGAUCUGCUUAAGGGUGAAAGCGUGUGCAUUGAUCGUUGCGUGAGCAAGUUCUUUGCCGUCAACGCCAAGGUCGGCGAGCAGAUGCAGGCUAUCGGCCAGCAGGCUUCUGGCGCCGGUGCCCCCGGCGGCCGCAUGUUUGGUUAA